CAAAAUAAAAUACAAUCGUUGUCCUCGUCGUUGCCGUCGGAAAUUGGAAUCGCUCAUUGUUGCUGUCAAAAAAUUUAUUAUGUGAUUUUUCUUCGUGCGUACUUUUCAUCGUUGCGUUGUGCGUGUUAAUUUAUUUGUUACGAAUUUUUUAAUCAUAAAGGAAAUAAAUAAUUUUCUUUUUCUCAAUUGGAAUUGGUUGUUCAAGAUAAAUAAAAUCGGCUCCCUUGGGGGCAGUGUUUUUUGUUUUGUGUGUAUUUAAGAGGAGUCGUGAGUAAAAUCAGGAUUUGACUGUCACAACUUCAACUUCGUCUAAGCACAGAAUAAAAAGUAGUCCUUCAUUCUGCAGAAUGGCCGAGCAAAACGAAAAAUUACUCCAAGAACUUUUGCGUCUUAAUGGGAAUAAUAAAUGCGCCGAUUGUGGAAGCAAACAUGUCGAAUGGGCCUCAUACAAUAUUGGUAUAUUUCUGUGUACCCGCUGUGCAGGUGUGCAUAGGGCUAUGGGUGCACAUAUUUCCAAAGUUAAACAUUUAAAACUCGAUAAAUGGGAAGACAGUCAAUUGGAACGAAUGAAAGAAGUCGGCAAUCAAAGAGCGAAAUUAAAAUACGAAUAUCGAGUACCGCCCUGCUAUCGACGUCCAUGUGAAAACGAUCCACAAGUCUUAAUAGAACAAUGGAUACGAGCUAAGUAUGAACGUCUUGAAUUUUCACAAAAUGGUCGACCAAGUUACAUAUCCGGACAUAUGGAAGGUUUUUUAAUGAAGCGUGGCAAAGAAGACAGUCGCUAUCAGCCGCGCAAAUUUAUUCUUUCCGAAUCCGAUGACACCCUAAAGUAUCACGUAAAAGAAAGCAAAGAUCCCAAAGCUGUGCUUCGAAUAUCCGAGCUGAAUGUUGCAUUUGCCCCAAGAAAAACCGGUCAUCAGAAUUCAUUGCAAUUUACAUACAUGAAAGACGGUUCAACGAGGCAUAUUUAUGUGUAUCACGAUGAACCAGAGGUCAUAAACAACUGGUAUAUGGCAGUUCGAUGUGCUAAACUACAUCGUUUGCAAGUUGCAUUUCCAAGUGCAUCUGAAAAUGAACUAACCCCCCUGCUAACAAGAGACUUUGCCAAAGAAGGUUGGCUAUUAAAGACCGGUCCAAGACCCUCGGAUGGCUAUAAAAGACGAUGGUUUACUUUGGAUAAUCGAAAACUAAUGUAUCAUGAUGAUCCAAUGGACGCGUAUCCAAAGGGGGAAAUUUUCUUAGGUCAUAAUUUGGAUGGGUAUAGCGUGAGGGUGGGUGUUCCGAUCGGUGCUAAAGAGCAACGAUAUAGCUUUACAUUGUUUACACCUGAGCGAACGUAUAAUAUGUGCGCGUAUAGCGAUAAGGAACGAGAGGAUUGGAUGAAUGUGAUUCAAAAUGUUCUAGAAAGACCACUGACGCCGCAAGAUAGUUCAAUGUCUGCUCGAUUAAUACGAAAGCGAACUGGAACCCAUGCGAUGAGCAUGUUCUCCGGCAGAUAAAACCAAACUCGCCUAUAAAUAAACAUAAACAAAAACUGAAGCUACCACUACCACUCAAUAGCAAUAGAUUUCGCUUUUAAAUAAUAAAUUAUUUUGUAUAAACAAAUAAAAAUACAUUUUCAAUAUAAAAACAAUUAAUAAAAUAAAAUAAUAAAGUUAAGGUCACUUCAACUACACCACUAAUAAUAAUAUAAUAAAACAUACCUACAUUUAUAUAUAUAGAUUAUAUACAAAAACAAAAGUUUGCAUAUUAUACAAAUUGAUUACAAAUCGUGUUCGUUAUACCUAUAUACCUAUAUUAUAUAAUAAAUAAAAUUAUAUGUAUACAAACAUUAAUAUUUAUAUUUAAUAACAAAAAGAAGAAAAAUAAACAAUAGCGAAAUAUUAUACAUCUGUCCCAGGGCUAAGACGGAUCAUAUUAUACUAUUAAACAAAGAUUUAGAAAAAAUAAUAAUAAAUAAACAAUUUGCAGAAACCCAAGAAAUAUAAACAAAAAUAAUAUUAUAAUAAUAUGUUUGUUUCUUUCUGUGCUGGUUUGUUUUUUUUUUUGUAAUUGAAAUGUUAAAAAUUAAAAUAAAAGAAAAACAGAAGAGCUUUUUCAUUGUUAUAAAAGAUAUUUUGUUGUUCCAUGUUUGUUUAAUGUUUUUUUGUUUUAUAAUUAUCUUGAAUUUGUACAUUAAAAAGGAGCAUAUCAAUUUAAUUUCAACAAAAUAUUAAGUUUUCAUUAGAAAAAAUAUAAUAAAAAAAAAUUACAUUUAAGAUUAGAGUAAACAAAAUAAAUGCAUUAAAACAAAACUAUUGAUACAUUUAUAGUUAGCAAAUACCUACAAAAACAGCACUUUACAGGAAUAUUUAUACAAUUUAAAACAAAAAAUUAAAUUAAAUAUAACAUUUAUAGCGUAAAAUACCUUUGAUACGUUAAUGAGUGUGUUGAAAAUAAACUUGGUUUGAUGAAUGAAUACCAAACCAAGUGUUUUAAAAGUUGUUCAGCUAAAUCGUUAGAAAAUAAAACCAAAAGGCAUAAAACGUACACUGCCCUUAAAGUUAAAAUCCAUAUAAAAUACGAUAUAUAUUAAUUAUUCUUUUAUUUUCAUUUUGUGCAGAAUUUUUUAAUAGUAAAAUAUGUUUUAGUUUUCGUAUUCAGAUUGUAACGUACCUACCUAACUAUUGUAUUUUUUAUUAAAUAAACAUCAUCGCUGUUUUGUUUACAUACCAUUGAAA